AUGAGCACCCUCACAAGCUCUCGCUCCGUCCAAGGGGAGGGAGGACGCAACGAAAGUCUUGAAGAGGUCAAUCAAGCGGAUGGAUGGAUGAGAGAGAGCGAACUUGCGAGUCUGUGGGACACUCUCAAGAAGAGGGUUGAAGGCUCGUUCAAGCGCAUGAGUCGCAUCACGGUCAACUGCUCAACUUACUCUUUGCGAGAACGAUCGCUUCUCGAGCUGCUACGGGAAAAGACGCAACAACCUGGAUCUUACCUGCGAGAGUUCUUCAAUGAGAUCGGCUUCAUCACCAAAGCGGACAUUCCACAACUAUUGGGAGCUCAAUGCAAGUUGCGAGACGAUCCAGGGCGUUAG